UAUAUUAAAUAAACUGUUAAAAAUACUUUAUUUAUAAGGAAACGAAUUCGGGAAUUUCAGAUUAAGAGCUAUAAUCAUUUUAAAUGUAUAUAAUUAUAUAAUGUUAAGAUAAUUUCACAACCAGUGAAAACAAAAUUUUCCUUCAAUAAAAAUAUCUAAUGAUAUAACCGGAAGACAAUUAAAACGUUGUAAAUAUAUUGAUUGUAAAAUUAAAAUAUUAAUAAUAAUAAUAUCAUACCUAGCAAUAAAUUAUAAUUUUGUUUGUUGAACCUACAAUGUAAAUUUCAGAUUAUUGAUAUUUUGCAGUCGAUAAAUUAAAGGAAUAAUAAUUAAUGUUAAAAGACUACAAACACCCCGAUUUUGGAUAAGCCCAGUUUGACUAGGUUUGGACCGAAUUCGAUACGGAUUUCACCAGAUGGUCGAAAAACUCUUAUUGAUUAAUGAACUCAAUAGAUUUUAUGUUUAUAAAACUGAUUUCCCCUUAAAAUAGCCAGCGACUCUCUUGUACCAUAAAUCAAGUAGGUGUGUUGAAAGAACCACCUAUAUUUUGCCAACAAUACGUUCUGGAGCCAAACCGAAUAAACUGUAACGUUUAGAAUAGUGUGAAGAGUACUAAAAGUUAAGUUUCAACGUAAAAAUUCAAUAUCGCAAUAGGAAAAUACCAAUAAAACUGAGGGCAGUCACAACCAAGUGAACAAAUUCAGUUGUAAUACGUUUAAUAGUCGGUACGGCGCCGUGUAUAUAUAAUACUGUUUUUGUUAUAUAAUGUAUACCAUCGUGUUCUCAUUCAAUCCAAUUUACCAAUCAUUUUCGACAUCGAACAUUUUCACCUACCUACAACAAUCAUGGCUUUAACGACAACAGUUCAAGCCGCGGCAGUUGCACCAAUCGUCGAGUCGGCAAUGAAGAAAAAGGCUCCUUCCACUAAGGCCACCGUACCUGCACACCCGUCUACCGCUGUGAUGGUGAUCGCGGCCAUCACUGAGCUUAAAGAGAAAAAAGGGUCUUCGCUGUCGGCCGUUAAGAAGUACAUGUCCACCAACUACAAGGUGGACUCGGCCAAGCACGCACCGUUCAUUCGCAAGUUCCUAAAGGCUGCCGUCUUAAAGGGUUCGUUGGUACAAACCAACGGAAACGGCGCCAUGGGUCACUUCAAACUCCCGAUCGAAUUGAAGAAAAAGCUUGUCGUUGCUAAGAAACCUGUUUCAAAAGUCACCACCGUAACUAAGAAACCCGCAAAAGUGUCGGCUGCCGGAGUUCCAAAAAAGAGGAAGUUAGCUGUGAAAGCCACCUCUGCGGCUGUACCUUCAGCCAAAAAACCGAAAACGGCUGCUGCCAAGCCGAAGAAAUCGCUGAUCAAGGCGAAAAAGGUGAACUCAUCUAAGCCACCAAAAGUUAAGAAGACGACGACUGUUAUACAAAAGAAACCUUCUAAAAAUAAGUAAAAUACUACAGCGCAAUAGUGAGUAAGAGGAAUCGAAAAUGCCCGGUAAAUGCAACCCUAAAAAGG